AGGAGUGCCAGGAGUGGACAGUUGUCAAGGGUGACAUCUUCAACCCAGCUGCUUGCACCUAACUCCUGCCUGCCAUCUCUGACCAGUGUCACCAUGCCUAGAGGUCAGAAGAGUAAGCUCCGUGCCCGUGAGAAACGCCGCCAGGCCCGCUGUGAGACCCAGGCUCUGAAGGAGGCUCAAGCUACUGCGGCAGCAGCAGGAGAGUCCCCCUCUGCUCUCUCUGGGGGUAGACCUGCUGCUGCAGCUCCUAGGCGUCCUCAGGGAGCCGCAUCUUUCACUGGGGCCGAUGCAGCUCUUUCAGGCACCGAUUCAGAUGAAGGUGCCAGAAGCCAAGAUGAGGGAAGCCCCAGAUCAUCGAAGGGCUCCGAGGUCUCACACAGAGACCCACUAAACAAGAAGGUAGUUUUGCUGGUCCAGUUCCUGCUGCAGAAGUAUCAAAAGAGAGAGCCAAUUUCAAAGGCAGAUAUGCUGAAGUUUGCCAUCAAAAAGUACAGGAAUCAGUUCAAUGAGAUCCUCAAGAGAGCCUCCGAGCACAUGGAGCUGGCCUUCGGGCUUGAUCUGAAGGAAGUGGAUCCCAUCCGCCACUGCUACACCCUGGUCAACAAGCUAGACCUCACCGAUGGCUCCAUGCACGAGGACGAGAACAUGCCCAAGACCGGCCUCCUGAUGAUUGUGCUGGGUGUGAUCUUCAUGAAAGGCAACUGUGCCCCUGAGGAGGAGGUCUGGGAAGUGCUGAAUAUGAUGGGCGUCUACGCUGAAAGGAAGCACUUCAUCUACGGGGAGCCCAAGAAGGUCAUCACCCAAGAUCUGGUGCAGCUGCAGUACCUGCAGUACCGCCAGGUGGCCGACACUGAUCCUCCACGCUUCGAGUUCCUGUGGGGCCAGCGAGCUUAUGCCGAGACCAGCAAGAUGAGAGUCCUGGAGUUUCUGGCCAAGAUCCAUGAUACGGUCCCCAGCGCCUUCCCGUCGUGGUAUGAAGAGGCUUUGAGAGAUGAGGAAGAGCGAGCCCGAGCCCGAGCCGCUGCCAGGGCUCGCACCGCUGCCAUGGCCAGCGCACGUGCCAGGGCCUUGGCCAGCAGCUUCGCCCACCCUAAGUGAUGUCCGCGGCCGGUUGACCAGGUUUUAUAUCCAAUGUUGAAGUUUGAAGCAGAUUCUUUUCUCUGUGGAACGAAAAAGCAGUCUACGUUUUAAGUAACCGACGGCCAGGGUGGAUCUAGAAGAAACACAGUGAAUAUUGUCUUGGUGUUCUUGUUCUAUCUCAUAAACUUAGAGUUGUUUUCUUCUAUUUUCUCUUUUCUUUCUCUUUUUUCUU